CCUUUAUUGUGACCAUCUACAAGAGUCGUACAAAAAAUAAUGGGCUUUUAAAAAAAGAGAAGUCCUAACCAAGCGGUAUUAUUCAUGAAGACUGAAGAAAACAUUUUAACGUCCUCAUUAAUUCGAAAAGGAUUAUAAAGAUAUAGUAUUGUAUUUCUCCAAGAAUAAUUAAGAAAACGAAGAAACAUGGAUCUGCUGUAUACCGUCAACAGAAGGAGUUCUUCCAAAUUUUUUUCCAAUCAAGAAUGUUUAUACAAUGGACAAUCGUUGUGUUCCUUAUCCAGUCGGAAUAUAGUGGCGUUUACUACAAUGACAGAGUUAGAUGACAGCAGUGGCAAGACACGGGGUUGCCAUGUUUAUGUAGCAGAUUUAAAUAUGCCAUGGCAUGCUCAUAAAGUACUUUCGAAUAAACACAACAUUACUGCAUUAGAAUGGGAUCUGCCUGGUGACAAGUUGGUAAUGGCUGAUACAGCUGGAAAUGUACAGUUAUGGAUGUUCAAGGAUCAUAUUUUGAAUGAUUGGGUAUUAAUAGGUUCUGCAUAUUUCCCUGGUGAGCACAUACUAGGUGCAGCAUGGUUUCACAAUGGUAAAAAGACAGGCUUAGUGACAGAAAAGAAAGAUAGCAUUCAUUAUAGCGAGAAAUUUAAUCACCUACUGUUCGCACCUUCCGUGAGGCAAUUUGGUGGAAGAGCCGCCGAAGGUGUGCUGGUGGUAUCGACGACGGGCAUGGUUGGCGCAAUCAUGAUCACUAAGGAUCUUCAAAAUCCGAUUUGCUAUUCGACGGAGAGUCUAGGCAACACGAGACACAGGAUAACUGCGGUUGAUUUGUGCUACGGAAAAAACGGCCACUUUCUCGUUGCGGUUAGUAGCGGUAGCAUCUGCUUGCCCAUAAGAUGUUUUAGAGUACUGGUGCGUAAGAAUGAUGACAAGUGCACCAUCACCUCGCAAGCUUUACCGAGUUUUUUUCUGCAAGAUGGGGCACCUAAGGACAAUUCAUGUACAGUUGUAACUCAUUUAAAAUUUGUGGUCAGAGAAGAUGCCGAUUCUCUGGUUAUUGCGGCAAACAGUGAGAGCGGUGGAUUUGUUGAGGUGUGGGAGUUGCGGGAGAAGUCGCAACCGGUUCACAAAUUAUUUCAGCCAAAGACGUUAGAACCUUUCAAGACGGUCGUUUGGCAAUAUCAAUCGCAGUAUCGUUGCCAGUCACCGGUCACAGCGAUAGCCACUACAAAACUAUCUAUAGUGACAACUUUACCGCCUCCCAGUUAUGUAAUAAUAGCAUUAGCGGACUCGUCGGUGCAUUGCCUAAAUCGUUUGGACUGUUUGAAGGAAGUGGCGUUCUCAUCCCUGAAUACAAGUUGGCGCCCAGAUGAGCCUAGCAACAAAUACUUCAAGAAUUCUGUAUCUAUCGCUCAUAUGGAUCUUUCAUGGCUGGGAUGUGUACUUCUUGCGUGCGACACUCAGGGCAAUAUGUAUCUCUAUAAAUUGUUGCCAGACGGUACUACAGGUACGUCGAUGUCGCUAAACUAUGCUUGUACAUUACUCGAGUAUUGCUUGGUGACUGGAUUGGAUUGGUUGGACAUACUUUUAUGUCUGAGAUCGUCCAUGAUUGAAGCAUUGUGUGAGCGAUUAGACGUUUCCUUUAACAGACAAUUACAAUCUACACAGCAAUAUCAUUACAUCCUAUUUUUAUCCAUCAAGACGUCAUUAUAUAGAAUGCUCGUAACAGGACAGAACAAGGCGGCGGAUUUGUCAUCGUUACUGAUGAUACAUUCGGUAGCUACUGCCUUCAAAUCUUUACUGAGACCAUCGGACCUGAUAUCCCACGACAAAGGGCCAGCGGAAAGUUUAGCUGCGGUGAUAACUGACGUCAUUAUUGAUGUUGAUAAGGUGUUGCUGCAUCUUGAUCCGAAAGAGUUUACGGUAGAACCGAGCACGUUGCAAUCGUUGCAGCAACUUAUUCAAUGGGUUGCUGACUUAGCUUUGAACUUGCUGGCCAGAUUACCUGAACAGAGGAUGCAAGUGAAGACUGGCGGGUAUGAGCUUCUUAAAGAUCACAAAGCCUUGAAUACUGUUCGGGAGUUGUUGGUCAUCAUACGCAUAUGGGGAUUACUUCGCCCGUCGUGUCUCCCAGUGUUUCUUCGCAGCGCAGACAACCUGGACGUUUUAGCCUUACUAUUUUGCUUGUUAUCAAAAUUGGUACAACCUAACGGAGAUACGCAGCAACAGGUGGACGAUGGUUUGAUUGAUGAAUGCUGCCUGCUGCCAAAUCAGAUCAUGAUUCCACAAUUACAUCAAGGCAACAGUAUCACUGCUAUAGUCUCCCCGAUUUUGUUUUAUCAGAACCUCCCAUUGCAGCUGGAAUAUGGAGUGGAACCUGAACAGUUAGUUUUUACGCCUGAAAUGAAUCCCGUUGAAGGUUGUAUGCACAGCGGACAGAUCGUGGACACGAUACGACAUUUGUAUUUAGGAAGGCAGCCGCUUCUAGUGAAGCAGUGCACGAGGUGCGGCGGUAAAGCGCAGGUACAGAACAUGACGAGGACAGCUGCGAUCAGAGCCUGGGAUCAACGAUGGACACGUGCUUGCCGAUGCGGAGGUAUUUGGCGAAUUCACAAAGCCUCUCAAUAAAGGGCACUUAGGAAUUUUUGUAAAAAGUUUAUUUUGUUAUAAAUCGUGAUCUUUUGGAGAUCUAUAUGAAAGAAGAUAGGAAAUCUAUAAUAUAAGAAGCGGAAAGGGCUAUGCCCAGUUUUAUAAGGGAAUUUGAGCUCCAUUUGAGAGAGUUGAUGAACAACUUUGAGACAUGCCUAAAAUUUUGAGAUAUCAAAAGAGAAUAAAAAAUUCUAUAAGUCCAACUUUAUAGGUUUCCUGAAUGCUAGAACUAUUUAAAGUUCGCUAUUAUGACGUACUACUAGUAAUCUUAUCCAAUUUCUCUGCGUCCAGAGCAUCUCCCCGCAGUGACGGCGGUAACGGAUUGUACCAAAAGCAUUGAAGUAAUAUCCAAAAUGUAUUUGGUACAGUUCAUUAAUCAACUAAGUCCCUGGUCGCGAUUCAUGCCGGCAUGUCACAGAAAUUCGGAUUUUUUGCUUGUAAUGACGGCGAUGCCCCUGGAGUUCGCUCUGAGGAGAGGGGAGGGUGAAAAAUAGACAAGCAGCGAAUAUAUCAAUCGGGAUAAACCAGCCUUUGGUACGGGGUCACCCCGAAGCAGCUAUUGGUCGCGAUGAGAUCCUGUGGGCAUGAUGGAAAAUAUUUAAAAACCAGUCGCGUAAACAUUUGGCUGGGAAAGUGCUAGAUUUUUUGAAACAAAAGCCUAGUAGUUCCAUAAGAGCCCCACUCAACACAUUUAAAUAUGUAUGUCAUGCAUGCCUGUUGGUGCAUUAUAAAAGAAAACGUAUUAAAACGAAAAAUGGAAACAUUACAGUUAAAAAUACUGAAUCGCAGCUUCUUUAUCAAACCAAUUAAAAUUAAUCUUUUGUUUCAUAUUUUGAAUGUCUCUCUCCCCUCUUCAUCGAUUAAUAUGUAUCACUUCAUUUGGGGUUCAAAAAAGAUUUUAGUUGUCUUCAUCAAGGACAUAUUUCAGAUACUAAAUGAUUCGACAAAAUCGAAUAAAAUCAGUCCUACAUGAUACACAAUGGUGAUACAUGGUCAUAAUAGCGAACUUUGAACAGCUGUAGCACUCAAGGGACUCAUUUUACAAAGAUGUGCAUAUGGAACUUUUUAAUUCUUUUUUUUAUGCUUUACAAUCCUAACUAGGUCUCAAUGCUGGGCCCUUCAGCCGGGGCCCAAACUGGGCAUAGUCCUUUAUAUGAAAGAAGAUAAACUGUUGAGAAACAUAAACAAAUAUAAAAAGCUAUUAUAACUAAAGGUAAAAAAGGUAAGAGCUAAAUACUGUAUGUAUUCAAAUGAUCUACUUGCCAAGUUAAAUCAGAAAUUUAUAAUCUAAAGAUA